AUGAUAAAAGGAAAAACCACGAACUUUGACCUUGACCUCAUCUACAAACAGUACCUGCCUCCUGAUUCCGUUUUUCCAUGCGUUGAAGUGUGCUCAAUCAAUGACUGCUCGAUUGGCACUCUGAAAUAUAUGGCAAACAAGGCGGCAAAGCAAAAGGAGACGACAGACGCAACGAGAGGCGAGGAACACCGUGACGGAGGAAGUGGAGUUGUAAGUGACAAGCGCUACAGCCACAACACCACUGGACUUAUUUACAUCCCGCUCUUCACACGAUCCCAUUGGAUUGCGGGGGUUUUUUCAUUAUCCUCCCAAGCCGCACCAUUAAACAAUAUAAGUCAGAAACAACAAAAACGUAAAGCGUAUGUGCUACGUGUUUACGACUCGGCACCGUCACCGCCAGUGGAGCGCGAUGUACGACGUGCUUUCAGACCGUACGAUGACAGCAUCACGGUCGAGUUUAUUCCAACUCCAAGACAAGUGCGUUUUAGCGAAGACUGCGGAAUUUUUAUGUCUAUGCGCUUCUUUGCGUUUGCGGUCAGGGUGAAUGUCCGCAUCACGCCCGGUCUGACCAAGAUGGUCCGAUUUUUGUUCAACACAGCGCUUCGCCACUGCGAGGAACCGCCGACACGCGCUGUUUUCCUAUCGAGACUGAAGCGCCUUCUGGAACUACGAACUGAUAACGAACGCCAGAGCAUUUUAGACGACACUAUAAUUGAGUGGCGACAAAAGCAGCAGCAACCAACACAUCAACAUUUGAAAAACUCAUCGCGACAUGACGAUGGGAGAGAGUGUCUUGACGGAGGGGCAGGCGCCCCACAGCCCUCACAACAACAAGGGCAACGAACAACCGACGCGAACGAUGACGGAGCUGUUGGCAACGCGGUGCGAUCGACCACUGGAAACGAGGAGUUGGUAGAACCCAUGGAGUGGUCCCAACCCCAGAGCGAGGAUGAAGAGCCAUCGCAAGAAGGAGAAGAAGAAAAUGUAACAGGACUUGGUGGUGUGGAUACGGUGAGGGCGGACACCAAGUUUCCCACUGAACCCAAGCACCGGCUGAUUGCGCACCAGGCUCGUCGCGCUCUACUUCGCGCGGAUCUCGGCUGGGAUGUCCAUCGUCGUCGCAAGAAUACCUUCAUUGUGACCGCUCUCGCGCUCGUCUCGGUUGGAACGGGCGAUGAAAAGGAGCUUCGGCCCCAGACGAUCACCAAUUUUCGCACCACCAACCAGUUGAAAGAGAAGACCGAAUUUGACCUGUCCACCGUCUUUGACGUAUUGCAACUGCCUUAUUUCUCCCUUCAAUGCAACGACCAUCGCCCACGGGCCCAGCAGAAGCGCUCGAACAAGACGGACGGCAAUCUGAGAGCACAUGGGUUAAUUCUGGUGCCGACGACGCCGCACCUGCUCACGACGAAGGAGGCUCGCGACUCGCUGGCAGCGCUCUACGUCCGCGGGCAGGAGGGGCUUGGCAUGCCUACCACACUGCAGUUCAACCAGACCAACUACGCUUUCCGGCUCGGUGCAGCCCUCUGCCGCCACUACCCCGAGAAGAAGAAGGACAAGCAGAAGAAGAAGAAGACGCCGGACGCGGAAGAGACCGCCUCCUCUGAGGCAGACGGAUCGUGGGAAUUCUCGCUGACAGAGGAUGCGUCGCAGGCGUUAUGGGGCGUCUAUCUUCCCUCCCGCUGGCGCACCUACGGGGCGUUGGCGGACAUGGAGUCCGGGCGAACCGCCAAGCGGACGGCGAGUAAACAGCAGAGCAGAAUGGCGGCCGACAACCAGCCGACGAAGAAGAACAAGAAAACGAAAAAGAAAAAGGUGGCGACUCGACGACACAUAGAUGUGGACUUGGACGCCGAGGAUGAAGAGGCAAGCUAUCAUAAAGCCGAUGGGAACGAUAGAAAUAACAACACGACGACGGAGGUGCGUUACGACGAUGAUGGGAGACAGGCCAACGGACACCAGAGUUCCUCACGUCAACACCGCAGAAACCGCCGCCGGAACAAUAACAACAGGGACGAGGUUGUGGAGGCAUUAUGUGACACGCCGGAGCUUGUGCUCAGCAGUAUCACGGUCCCGUGUUUAAACGUGCCGGGCAGGACGUGCCUUGGAAAGAGCCCGUUCUGCCCAAGAAAAUGGUUAGUCUUUCCAGAGAAGCCCAAGCACAUCCACGAGGUGACAUGGAGAAGCAAGACGGAACAGACGCGCCAGCGCCACCUAAACUGGCUGCGCGACCUGCAGGCGAUGCCGGACGAUCUUCUGCGGUACCACAGUCUCGCCUCGGCGAUACUGGAAUUCGUGUUUCGUCUGUACAGGGACGGUCACGCAACGUGGUCGACGAUAUACGGCAACAUGAUGCUGAUUGCGGGUGCCCUGAAGGAUCUUCCACUUUACACGAAUGUGCAAGAGAGUAUCGACCUAAACAAGGACGUGGAAUGGAAGUCGGCGAUGGCCUGCAUACGCCGGUACAAGCAGAUGCAGCCCACCAAGGCGCCGACACCCCUCUCCGCCGAGAACUACUGCAAGGCAAGGAAGGUACUAUUGCGGCAGAGUCACUCCUCCCCGCUGGCGGCGCUGUUCCUCGCCCUCAUGUGGAACUGCGCGGCCCGAGCGGGCGAUAUCACUACCCUAUUGAAGCGAGAUGUGCAGCUAUUAAUGCAGCCGCUGAACGGAGACAAAGCAAACGACAAUACCAGCAACAACAAGGGACAAAACAGGAAGGCGCCGCUACCUCACCUGCGCGUGGUGUCGAACGCCGAGGGCGUCCCACAGCGCUACCCAGUUCUGGUUUGGAUGGCACGAGGCAAAGCAUCCCACUUUCGGACCCCGUACGAGGUGACGGCCACGCUGGCCGAGGACGAAGCGCUCAUCCUGCUCAAACACAUGGACAGCAUCAAGAAGAAGGGCGCUCCGCUCUUCACGAGCGAGGACUCCAGCAUGGUACGCAAGAUGGUGUCAAAUGUACUCAAAUCCAUCGAUCCGAAAAUGGCGCUGCCAUCAGUUCGCAAGGGCGCGAUCAGGUACUGCGCCAAACUGGGCAUGACAAUGGAGGAGCUGCGGCUCAUGACGGGCCACACCCAGGACUCAACACUCAAUAUCUAUCUCGGACGUGGCCAGCAGACAAUUAUGGACGCCGCGUAA